AUGAUGAAUCAGGCAAUGUGUGCACGUGUGGCAACGUUGAAAGCCGUAUCAGAGUGUGGUCGAUUGGCACUGCGGAGUGUUGCCUCUAGAACGAAUCGUGUGUGCACGACAUCACUGCACACUGCUACUGCAUGUUGCCCUCUGGCAACACAGAAACGACUCCAACCCCAGAUGCCACAACUCAUCCACAAACGCUUCUCGCAAAUCGAAGUGUUCGGACCAUUCGAACCACCCAAACAACUGACCAUCAAGGAGGUGAGAGCACUUACCUGA